UAGGAUUUGGACUUCUAUAAAGCCUUCGAAUAUCUUUCUGCUUAUAUAUAGGAUGUCCUAAGUAUAAUUUUUGAAUGAAAUCAAAUGAAAUAACGUUUAAGUGUUUUCAAAUAUCUUUCUUCUCAUUGGAAGUGAAAAAAAAGUUUAUAACACAAACUUAAUAUAUGCAUUAUGGAUCAUCCGUCCUGUAUCAAACCACCUGUACUACCUGUGAAACAUGAUGAGACAGGAUACACAUCAAAUCACGAUGUACGAGAUUGGGCGUCUAUUUACAACGAUUUGAUAACAAUGGCUAAUGAGGUGUUCGGGUACCGAAAAUGGAGUCAUUCGGUCACAAAUCAGUCACUAGAUUUUACAGAAUAUAUUAUGGGCAAAUAUCACACUGGAUGUAUGGCUUUUGUUAGAGUACAGUUAGAAGAUGGCACAUUCCAUGAAGAUAUGGGGUAUAGUAAUGCAGAAAAUACUAUAAAAGGCAUGGCAAUUUAUUGCGCAAGAUCGGCCUCAAUCACCAAUGCUUUCAAGAAAGUUCUUUUAUGUUUUGGUGGAGAAUUUGAGGAACGCUUGAAACACUUACAAAUGGACAAUUUAAAAGAAACUUCAAGCAUUUCUAGCAUUGGUCAACCUCCGCAAUUAAAGAAGAAAAUCAAACUACCACCUGUUGCUCAAUCCACGCCACAUAGACCCAACAGUCCUCAAGGAAAACAAAUGGAUGACAUUCCAGCAUCCAACAAUCCACCAAAAGUGCCAUCAGUUUCUGUAUCACCCAUGAAAGAACCAGUAAAAGUACCAACAAAGGAGACAGUGCAACCACAACCUCCAACUCAUAAUGAUGUUUCACCACGGAAUACUGCAAUAAAAGUACAACCCGUAUUUAUAACAGCAAGUAUGGAAACAGUGCAACAAACUUCCACUGCUAGGACCGAAGAAGAGUUGCGUUUGGAAAGGAAGCGUAGACAAAAGCAAAAGCAAGAAGAAUACAAAAGACUGAUGGAGGAAAAAUUACACAACGCAGAGAAAAUAAAUAGGAAAUUUUAAGAUAUCAAUUAUUUUUAAAUAUUUGAA